AUGACUCAAAUGAGCAGCAGCAAUGGAGAAACUUUAGUGGAAGCGGCACUUAGAGUACUACACACCGAUGACCCAUUUGAGAAAGCCAGGCUUGGUGAUGAAGUUGCAAACAAAUGGCUACAGGGCCACAUAGUUCGCCCAUACGAUGAUUCAGUAGAUAUUGUUGUGCCUGAUCGGCCUUCCCGGCUCUCAAAUGUGAAGUUGGUGUCGCCGAGUGAGAUGCCGAAGCUGGGGAAAGCUGGGAGUUUGCAGAGUAGACAGUCUAUUGUGCACAGUCUUGUGCAUACUGAGAGCUGGGCUAUUGAUUUGUCUUGGGAUAUAAUUGCUCGUUUUGGUAAGCAGGACUCCAUGCCUAGAGAUUUUUUCACGGAUUUUGUAAAGGUGGCGCAAGAUGAAGGUCGUCACUUCUCUCUGCUUGCAGCAAGGCUUAAGGAAUUAGGAUCUUUCUAUGGAGCAUUACCUGCUCACGAUGGACUAUGGGAUUCAGCUACGAUUACUUCGAAGGACUUGCCGGCACGCUUAGCUAUCGAACAUUGCGUUCAUGAGGCAAGAGGACUCGAUGUGCUGCCUACGACUAUAUCUCGUUUCCGUAAAGGAGGUGACGACAAGACAGCUGAAUUAUUGGAGAAGGUGGUUUAUCCAGAAGAGAUUACCCACUGUGCUGCAGGAGUCAAGUGGUUUCAGUAUCUUUGCUUGAGGUCGAAAAAUGGAGAUGAUGCUGCUUGUGGAUCCCUUGUUUCCGAAUUAAGUAAAUUCCAACAAGUUCUCAUGUAUCGUGUGCGUGUGCGUAGAAUUAGUAAUUACCUGUGA